GCCGUUAGGGUCGUUUAGACAGAGCCCAAAUGUAGAUAACUAAGGAGUGAAUAUUGACAGAUAGUGACUGUGAUAUUUUGAAAAUGGAAUUAACAUUGAGAACCUUACCUCGUGUUUUACACAAAACCCAGACUGUGAUUUGCCGUAGAAUCAGCCUGUGUCACACAUGCCUCUUUCAAAAUCGUGUGAAUGAAAAGUCACUAGUUGCAGCUAGAUUGAGCACAAAGUCAGAUAUUGUAGCCGAGAGGACUCUGUUCCAGAUGUUGCCUGUUGUUUACUGGCAAACUAACAGACAUAUGGCAGGGCACAGUAAAUUCUCUAACAUCAAACAUCGGAAAAAGGCGCAGGACAGUAAAAAGUCAGCGUUGAUGGGACAGUAUGUCAAGCUAGCACAGUCAGCUGUAAAAAUGGGUGGGUCUACUGAUCCCAAACUUAACCCCAAGCUGGCCCAGGUUAUAGAAAGUGCAAAGAAGAGCAGCCUGCAGGGAAUUUUGUACGUGACCCCUGACCCUGAACGCCCCAACCUUGACCCUGAGGAGAUUGCCAUCGAGUGUGAGGUUGAGGACGCAACCAAGGAAACAAACGAAGACGGUCAAGAAGUGAUCAAGGAGUUGUCUCCCUUGUUAAAGAUCAACAAUGGCGCAUAA